CGCUCAUCCUGCAACAGCUCCAGCGCCUACAAUCAUUCAACAACCCUUAUUCACCACAAGUGCCAUCUCACGGGUUCACGGUAAUCCGCAGGAUCCUUGCGACCCAAAACCGGAGAAAGCACAUGCGAAACUCCAGAAAGCACAACCCGAGCAGUUGCAGGACGAUCCACCUCGCGGAUGAACUUCCCGGAUUGUAGAACAUAGGUGCCAUCGCAGAGUUCCUCGGGGACGAGCAUUGCCAGGGGCAGACAGGAUUUUGGAUUCGAUCCUACGACGUAGCUACGGCUAUAAAGAGCUACUUAGAACUGUCGAAUAAGUCAAUCGAUUCAAGAGUUUCCACUUCAGUCCGUGCCUUUGCUGAGCAGAGAGUAUGGAACGGUCAAUAUAUUCUCCCUUAAUAUACAGCAAUCGCGAAAUACGAAUAGUUACUAUUCACCCUUCGGUAGAGAAAUCGGCACCUAUAGAAUGCACGACCAGGGAAAUAUCUCUCGACAAGAUUCCAGGCUAUUAUGCACUGUCUUAUUGCUGGGGGGAUCCCAACAUCACCGUUCCAAUGCAUAUCAACGGUGUAGAAGUCCAGGUAACGGCGAACCUGGAUGUAGCGCUACGCCAUUUUCGAGGGGCUGAGGGAGAGCUACGAGAUAAGCGUCCGCAGAUGCGCUGGUGGAUUGAUGCUAUUUGCAUCAAUCAAUCGGACCUAGAUGAACGCAGCCAACAAGUCCAACUUAUGGGAGAUAUCUACUCCGGAGCGUCAUGUGUAGUUGUGUGGCUUGGAGAGGAAGGCAAAGAUGGAAGGCUUGCGUUACAAACGAUACAAGGACUAUUCAAGGAAUUUGGGAAUAAGGGGAAAAAAACCAGUCGAGAAGAGACAAUAGAGGCACUGAAUGAACUGGAUGGAAGCGCAUGCGACGCAAUUCUGUCCUUCUUUGAACGACCCUGGUGGUUGAGGUUGUGGACAGUUCAAGAAUAUGUGUUUGGCAAGGAGGUCUUGUUCACAUGUGGAGACAUCAGUUUUUCAUGGCGCCUGUUGCACUGGUGGAGUCUGAUCAUAUCCACGAAGACAGAUCCAGGAGCAUGGAAGUUUCAAAAGUUCGACUUCCUGGGCCUAAUUUGGGGUCGAGGCUGCGCAGGACACUUCGCAAAGUCCUUUCUCCGACAAGAGUACCUGGCGCAAAAAAAGAUAGAUAGCAAACUAUCUUCUAUCCUGGGUGGGCUAGUCGACUGUAUGAUGUGUACUGAUCCCAGGGAUCGCAUCUACGGCAUGCAGGGACUCGCGAGUGACGGGGACUGCUUCGGCCUACCUGACUAUACAAUUUCGAUUUCUGAAUUAUAUAUCAAGGUCGCAAGUAUUAUGGUUCACACGCACCAGAACCUAGAAAUUUUGCAUAAUAGUCCUCCACGCUCCUCGACCACGCCUGAUGGAAUGGUACUUCCGUCAUGGGUACCUGACUGGGGCCAGGUGGGAUACCCACGCCCUCUAGAUACCGAACUGUAUAGCGCAGAUUUGGGAAGAAAAGGGUUGGCACAUUGCUCCCUGUUGCCAUCACUGGCUUUAUAUGCGCAAGGAGUUGUCUGGGAUACUGUAACUGAAAUCGACUCGUUCCCAACAUCCCACUUCCUUUCCAGUGGAAGAAAUGCUCUUGGACUUGCCGCUGCCAAAAGGAGAACAGAACUCAUCAACGAAUACCUUAAAGUGACUGCUAUUUCUAAUUGUAGUCCAUCUCAGAAGCCAAAAGUCAUCUGUUGCGACAAUUGCUGUGGUCCUGUACUCAACCAACAUUACCAUUGCAACAUUUGCGGGAAUGGAGAUUUUGACCUCUGCCCCGGUUGUGUAGAAGAUGGGAUAUGGUGUGGUGGACAUGAUCAUAUGCUGAUCAAACGUCAUAUUACCGACAAUAAAGUAUACAACAGUGAUACAGAGGAACUUAAAUCUGGAAUUGCGCAAGAAAAGUGCAAGGACACUUGGGUUGAAGACACCCCUAGCUGGGCAAGAUUGAUCUACGAAGGCAGAAGUAAAUCCUAUCCUACAGGGAUACCACAAUUACAAGCCUACUUCCGGACAAUUCUCUUAGACCAGGAUUUUAUAACAAACGCUCGACUCUCCACAUCAGAAGAUCGCUUCUUCGAAUUUGCAAAGGCGUUUUUGUUAGGCGUCGUGUUCGGCCCCUGGUACCCUCCUUGCUCAGAAAUAGCCGGAUGGAAAAGAUAUACGCUGUGGCAUUCCGAAGAACCCUUGAAAUUUGACCUCUUCCUUGGAGAUCCCGGCUCCGAAGGAUCAUUAACUUGGUCGCCUAGUGUUGCAGUCAGUUCGGUUACUGAAGCGUGCAAGGACCUAAAGAUGCAGUCUUUCGUCUCCACGCUGCAUCACAAGACAAAGGAUCGCAAGUUCUUUAUAACCAGUCGUGGAUAUAUGGGACUUGGUUCUCCACGUGUAGAGGUGGGUGAUGUUGUUUGCGUGUUCCCUGGACUCAGCGUACCUGUAAUCCUGCGUAAAACAGAUGGCUAUUACACGCAUCAAGGUGAAUGUUUUGUGCUUGGAGUUAUGGAUGGAGAGGUAAUGGAUAAUUUAGAGAAGGGGUUAGUGUCUUUAGAAGAGAUUGAGAUCCACUAAGACAGACGAUUACUUGACUUUCGUAGCAGUGAAAUAAAGCUAUUCCUCUAGGAUCCCUAGAAGCGGGUUACUUUAACAAGUUUUAGAAAGAAAUGCC